AUGCGUCAGUUGUCACGGGACAGAGAGCUAGUUGACGCACGCGCUUGUGUCUCCAUGCAAGCCGGCGAGUUGUUUAGACACGAAAUAAUCUGCAAUUCUACUCGCAGGAAAGAAAGAGGUAUCGACUUGUUACAAAACAGUGUAAAUAUCAAACUGGACCAAGCGGAUUCUGUGACCGGUUCCAGCAGGAAAGGGGCUGUGUACCGCUGCAGAAGGUGUAGGGUUUAGUUAUAAGGUAUUUGUUGUAGGUCAGGUGGUUGUGCCGAAGAGAGAAUAGCAGGUUUCUCGGAUGGAAGCUGGCUAGGGCUAGUUUAUUUCUUGUCAAUUAGUAAACUAGCUAGUUUUACCUCGUCAAACACAUGACAGAUUGUCAGUAGUUGCUGCAUAGCAAAACAUAGCUCGGCCGGUUAGCUGGUUAGCUACCGAGCUAAUGACAAGAUAGCUUGCUCAAUAGUUAUGUCGAGCAGUUUUACAAAUAAAACGUCUUUGCUAAGCAGCUCUCAACAGAGCCCUGAGAAUAGGUUCUCAUCUGUCGGCAACAACAGAGACUGGGACUUGGAAAAAGAUGUAUUUGUAUGCUGCUAUGAAGAGCCUAUUGGCGAAACAAUGCUGGCGGGGAUGCACUCGGUUCAGCCAGGUCUGGACAGGCACAUGCCGCUGCUGCGAGGCCGCCACCGGGUUCCUCCGGACUGUAUGAUACUGGGCCUAGAGAAACCUUACCCCGGCUGUCACAACAACCGGAGUCCUCCCGCAGCCUACAUAGACACCGGUCCUCUCGACUUCAGUGAAAAUGACCGGAACGCCACCCCGGUGUUGGAAAGCAGAAAGAGGACUCGGAGCAGUAGUUCAAGGAACCGGUAUAACGAGGUUGUCACUGAAUUGGGACCCGAAGAAGUGCGUUGGUUUUACAAAGAGGACAAAAAAACGUGGAAGCCUUUCAUUGGACACGACUCUUUGAAAGUUGAGGUCAUGUUCCGUAAAUUCUGCGAACUGAACCCUGGAACGACCAAGCGCCAGGGUUCUUUGGGAAUGGAUGAAGCGUAUCAGGAAGAUAAUGUAAGCGGGGUGGAAGCGGCAACUGGGGGGUCGAACGGAGUCGAGCGAGCUGGACCAGUGCCGGAGCCAAGAACUAGGGUGAAUAGGGACAGGGGUUCGAUGGAGAGAACUGACUCCUCAGACGAAAGAGACCUUGAUUCAAUAAACAUCAACGUAGAGGCUGUAUGUGUCAGGGGUGGGCUGUAUGAGGUGGAUGUCAAAGACAGAGAAUGCUAUCCUGUGUAUUGGAAUCAGCAGGAGAGCAUUCCUGUCAUGAGGGGCCAGUGGUUCAUCGACGGCACCUGGCUCCCAUUGGAGGAGGAUGAGAGUGACCUCAUCGAGGUGGAGCACUUGACCCGUUUCCUUGGGCAGCAAAUGCAGGACAGCUUCGACUCUGACUCUGUGAUGGCCAAAACAGUCGACAGCAAAGAUGUUCUCUCCCACCUGCCCCCUUUCUACCUCCCCUUUCUUUUCAAAUGGAGUGGAUAUCAACCGAGUGCUACAACUAAAUGUCUCAAGCGCAAGCGCUGCUCAGCUGUCCACAGUUUGAAAUUGAGUCGGACCCACGUGGACUGGCACAGUGUGGACGAGGUCUACCUCUACAGCGAUGCCACCACCUCCAAGAUCGCCCGCACUGUCACCCAGAAACUGGGCUUCUCCAAAGCCUCCAGCAGUGGUACACGGCUCCACCGGGGCUAUGUGGAGGAGGCCUCCUUGGAGGACAAGCCCCCCCAGACCACACACAUCGUCUUUGUGGUUCACGGCAUUGGACAGAAGAUGGACACAGGACGCAUUAUCAAGAACACUGGCAUGCUACGGGAGGCAGUAAGGAAGAUGGAGGAGAAGCACUUUUCGGAGCACACAGAGGAGCACGUGGAGUUUCUGCCUGUAGAGUGGCGCUCCAAACUGGCACUGGAUGGGGAUACAGUGGACUCCAUCACCCCAGAUAAGGUGCGAGGACUGAGAGACCUGCUCAACAGCAGUGCCAUGGACAUCAUGUACUACACCAGCCCCUUGUACAGGGACGAGAUCACCAAGGGCCUGACGUCAGAGCUGAACCGCCUCUACACCCUGUUCUGCUCCAGGAACCCAGAGUUUGAGGAGAAGGGGGGCAAGGUGUCCAUCGUGUCUCACUCCCUGGGCUGCGUGAUCACCUUUGACAUCAUGACAGGCUGGGACCCGGUGAAGUUCUGUCUGCAGGAGCAUCAGGAGCUGGAGGAGGAGCUGGACCUGAGAUGGGUCUCCUAUGAGGAGAGAUGCCUGCUGGAGCAGCUGCAGCUCACCAGGAACAGGUUACGAGAGCUGGAGGAUCAGCUUCAAGGCCUGGAGGCCUCCAAACCGCUAGCACUCCCUGCUCUUAAAUUUAAGGUGGAGAACUUCUUCUGUAUGGGCUCUCCCCUGGCAGUGUUCCUGGCCCUGAGAGGGAUUAGACCAGGGAACAGUGGCGAACAGGACCACAUUCUGCCUCGCGCCAUCUGCCAGAGGCUAUUCAACAUCUUCCACCCCACGGACCCUGUGGCCUACAGACUGGAGCCCCUCAUCCUAAAACAUUACAGCAACAUUGCACCUGCACAGAUACACUGGUGUAGUGCUAUAGACCCCACGCCGUACGAUGAGAUCCGUCCCACCUUCAUCAACCCGCAGAAGGACCCGACGUCGGACACAGAGAGCAUCCCCAGCCCCUCCACCUCCCCUGUUCUGGCCAGGAAAUACUAUGGAGAGUCUAUCGCCAGCAUGGGCAAGGCCAGCAUACUAGGAGCGGCCAGUAUUGGUAACAGUAUAGGGAAGGGAAUAGGAGGGAUCCUGUUCUCUCGGUUCUCUCGCUCUGCGCCCUCCGGAGUGUCCUGUGCCAUCGAGGCCGGGACUCCAGAGGGGGAGGAGCCGAAGAGGACUGUCGAUAGCCAAUCAGAUUACGGCCUCUCGUCCACCUUGUCCCAGUCCCCCUCCACACUCAUAGACCCGUCAGUGGAAAUGGAGCGCCGCAUCGACUUUGAACUCCGUGAGGGCCUUGUGGAGAGCCGCUAUUGGUCAGCGGUGACCUCUCAUACAGCCUAUUGGGUCUCACACGAUAUUGCGCUCUUCCUACUGACGUUCAUAUACAAGCAGGCCAACGUGCCGCCACCCACAGACAGUCCUGACCCAGAGUAAACACACAGAGCGACUCCACCAUGUCCACACUCACACACAGCAUCUUUAUCACCCUUUGUUACUCCAUUCUCUCUAACUAGUUUUAUACUGACACACUUCUACUAACACACAGACCUCCUUUCGUACUGUUUAGGAUGGAUACACAUUCACACGGGUGACACAUUGGAUUAUGGCCCCCUAAGGGGGGGCAGCCUGCCUGUCACUGUGAUGACCAGUCCCAAUGCAUGCUCUGUGAAAGCAUGGGGGCAUAGUAGGAUCCUCCAUCUAUCCUUCCAGUCGCCAACGAGUAUGUCAGAGAUUUCAUUGCACGCUACCGAAGGGGUCUCCUCUUCCUCUUAAGAUCACAGUCUCUGUCUGAAACCGCUGCCCUCUCGGAUGUACCAACCUCCAACUCCCCCCAUGUGUAGCAGGCAUGGUUCAGCCAUAGUUCAGCCCAACCCAAAGCUCUACUCUCCUCCACAGACUCUUCAUGGAGCUGUGGAAUGCACAAGCCAGCUUGGACCCCUCAGUAACCUCCCUUAUCCACACUGGUCUGUAUCUUCUUACCCUGAGUUACGUUUCCAUCGACAAGAACCUGGGCUGGAUACUGGGACCUUCAAAUAAUGGAAAGACUUAUGAAGGAAAUUAAGUUUGUUACUUUGUCUCAACGUAUGUUACUGUCUGAGCGAACUCAAUGCAACUUUCAAAGGGGUCUAAAUGUUAUUUCUAUAAUAGAAUGUUAAUAUAUAUCACUAAGAAAAUAAUACUACAGUUUGUUUUUCCUUUAUUUGUUUUGGAAAUGUAAAAAAAGUGGGAGACGAACUUGUCUCGCUGUACUUCGAGUUAGUGUUCCUACUUUUCAUUACCAUUUGAUCAUCGAAUGACUUUUACGAAGAAGUAUCAAUUGACAGUAGUGAGCAUGAGCCUCACACAAAGCUCUGCAGAAAGCCAUUUUCAUUUUUUAUACGACAAAGUUAUUAGAUGACGUACAGUUGAAGUCGGAAGUUUACAUACACCUUAGCCAAAUACAUUUAAACUCAGUUUUUCACAUUUACUGACAUUUAAUCCUAGUAAAAAUUCCCUGUCUUAGGUCAGUUAGGAUCACCACUUUAUUUUAAGAAUGUGAAAUGUCAGAAUAAUAGUAGAGAGUGAUUUAUUUCAGCUUUUAUUUCUUUAAUCACAUUCCCAGUGGGUCAGAAGUUUACAUACACUCAAUUAGUGUUUGGUAGCAUUGCCUUUAAAUUGUUUAACUUGGGUCAAAUGUUUCGGGUAGCCUUCCACAAGCUUCCCACAAUAAGUUGGGUGAUUUUUGGCCCAUUCCUCCUGACAGAGCUGGUGUAACUGAGUCAGGUUUGCAGGCCUCCUUGUUAGCACACGCUUUUUCAGUUCUGCCCACACAUUUUCGAUAGGAUUGAGGUCAGGGCAUUGUGAUGGCCACUCCAAUACCUUGACUUUGUUGUCCUUAAGCCAUUUUGCCACAACUUUGAAAGUAUGCUUGGGGUCAUUGUCCAUUUGGAAGACCCAUUUGCGACCAAGCUUUAACUUCCUGACUGAUGUCUUGAUGUUGCUUCAAUAUAUCCACAUCAUUUUCCUACCUCAUGAUGCCAUCUAUUUUGUGAAGAGCACCAGUCCCUCCUGCAGCAAAGCACCCCCACAACAUGAUGCUGCCACCCCUGUGCUUAACGGUUGGGAUAGUGUUCUUCGGCUUGCAAGCCUCCCCCUUUUUCCUCCAAACGUAACGAUGGUCCUUAUGGCCAAACAGUUCUACUUUUUGUUUAAUCAGACCAGAGGACAUUUCUCCAAAAAGUAUGAUCUUUGUCCCCAUGUGCAGUUGCAAACCGUAGUCUGGCUUUUUUUAUGGCGGCUUCUUCCUUGCUGUGCGGCCUUUCAGGUUAUGUCGAUAUAGGACUUGUUUUGCUGUGGAUAUAGAUACUUUUUUACCUCUUUGCCUUUGCUGUUGUUCUGGGAUUGAAAUGCACUUUUCAGACCAAAGUAUGUUCAUCUCUAGGAGACAGAACGCGUCUCCUUCCUGAGCGGUAUGACAGCUGCGUGGUCCCAUGGUGUUUAUACUUGCAUACUAUUGUUUGUGCAGAUGAACGUGGUACCUUCAGGCAUUUGGAAAUUGCUCCAAAGGAUGAACCAGACUUGUGGAGGUCUACAAUUUUUUUUCUGAGGUCUUGGCUGAUUUUUGGAGGGGGAUUUUCCCAUGAUGCCAAGCAAAGAGGCACUGUGUUUGAAGGUAGGCCUUGAAAUACAUCCACAGAUACACCUCAAAUUAUGUCAAUUAGCCUAUCAGAAGCUUCUAAAGCCAUGACAUAAUUUUCUGGAAUUUUCCAAGCUGUUUAAAGGCACAGUGAAUUUAGUGUAUGUAAACUUCUGACCCACUGGAACUGUGAUACAGUGAAUUAUAAGUGAAAUAAUCUGUCUGUAAACAAUUGUUGGAAAAAUGACUUGUGUCAUGCGCAAAGUAGAUGUCCUAACCGACUUGCCAAAACUAUAGUUUGUUAACAAGAAAUUUGUGGAGUGGUUGAAAACAAGUUUUAAUGACUCCAACCUAAGUGUAUGUAAACUUCCGACUUCAACUGUGUAACAGCAUUACCCUAUGUCUUUUGGUUUUAGUAACUGAAUGGUGCUGUGUGGCAAACUUUUCUUUGAGGUACAUUUAAACGUCUUUGGCUCCAGGGAGUGAGUGGCACCGACUUGACUUUCACUUGAUGUUCAGAUGACGUUCAUACAAUGUCAGCAGGACAUUCGAGUGACACAAACAUCCGUACAUGUUAAAGUCAAGCUUGGUGAGUGUCAUUUUGCCUGUAGCCAGCCUUGACUAGUAACUUACAUUAUUGUCAUUAAAUGUAAUUUAGGAUCUCUUUUAGUCACCGAGAAGCAAUGUUAGGUCCAUGUUUGGAGCUCUGAAAUGUACCCUCCAUUUUAUGUUACUGAGCAACUUUUCAAUCUAACCAAAACACAGGCGAAGUCAGUUCUGUUCAGAUGGAUAGUCUGAAGUCUAAUUUGCUCCUAAUGUAUGCAAUUCAAGUGUCCAAGAGAGAUCAUGUCAAUGCUUAAUCCAGGCUGUAUCACAACCGGCCGUGAUUGGGAAUUCCAUAGGGCUGCACACAAUUGGCCCAGCGUCGUCCGGGUUUGGCCGGUGUAGGCUGUCAUAGUUAAGAACAAAUUCUUAUUUACAGACUUGCCUAGUUAAUUUUGUGGUUGGAAGGAGGAGCUGUCACUCACAGGUUUGAGCCAGUAGAAACUCUCCUAACAAACCUUAAAGGUUAUAAACAGGAGGUGACCUUCAGGCACUAAAAUAUUUACAUUGAUUCCCUGAUCAAUAAAAUGGAAAGAGAAUGUAUAUAUUUUUUAUCCAAUUUAUUUUUAAUUAUAAUUUUCAAAUGUAGUGUUAACAUAGAUCCCUUAAAGGUCCAAUGCAGCCGUUUUCUCAAUAUCAAAUAAUUUCGGGGUAAAAAUGAAGUACUUUACUGUGAAUUAAAAAGGUCAUAUAGAAAAAAUAGCUUCUUAGUAAAGAGCAAUUUCUCAACAAGAAUUUGUCAAGGACUGUCUUAGUGGGGAGGGGAAACUGAAAACUAUCUCUUAUUGGACUAUUAACUAAUUUACCUGGUGAUGUCACCAGGUAAGCCAAAACUCCAUCCAACCAAAACAGGCAGUCUUUUCAAACGGAUCUUAUACUAAAAGGGCAUUAUCAUCGGUUUGAAAAUGUUCUACCUCAUAGUGUGGAAAUGUAUAUAAAACACAGGAAAAUUACGCGUUUGACUGCACUGGGCCUUUAAGGGAACAGGAAAUCCAGCAGGUGGCCAAAUAUGACUAAGUUAUUUUAUGCGUGCUUUACUCUUAAUGGCUUAGCCAGUAUGAACAGAGCAUGUUGAAAUACAAGGGCGUUUUCCCUCUACGAAAGGGCUUCAGGUUAGUUAUUCAGCUUUAGUCACCUUUUCCAAGAACAAUAUGCAAAACUAAACAAGCUCAGUAGAUUUGUUUAUGGCUCAGAAAGUGAAACAUGAUGCCUGAAUCACUUUGCAUCCCAUCUGGUCAUUUUAAAUGUAAAUGUGUCUCUCAUCUGGGUUUUUGCAGUGUUGCCAACAGAUGUUUGAAAUUCUAAAGCUGCAUUCAAAUGGUCUGGCACUGGCUGCUCAUUAUCUAAAAAAAACACUGCAUGUUUUUAAAUAAACCGUUUUUUGCAAUUAUAGAGAUGCGGGAUGAUGAAAUGGAACUAACCUCAAAUUAACUUGUGUGUGCUGCUCACUGCACAUUGUCAUUGUAGCGUUCCCUGUAUGUCCUAUGCUUUGUUAUCCGAAUAACAGAGUCAAAUUAAUUGUCUAAUAAUAUGUAUGGCACAAACUCUUGCUAACUGUUCCAGAGCUAAGGGCUGUGGGCUAAUAAUCCACACAAUGGAUUUAUUUUUAUAUUUUUUGGAAUGUGCUCAUUUGGGAUCAUUGCAGAAGAGUGACGUGCAUGUUAGUGGGGCCUAUUUUGUGAAUCAAAUCAAGUGGACUCGGACCAGACUGCCUUGUAGAGGACCAGAGAACAAUUCUUGAUGUCAUGGGCAGUAAGGGAAAAUGACUUGGAGUUGUUCAGAAUGAAUGUUGAUGGUGGAUACACAUUCUCAAUGGCUAUAAAUUGCACAGGACCGCUUUAGAUAUGGCUCUUAUUGCUUUUGUGUGUUUCUGUUAAAUGUCUGACAGAGGUGAAAGACUAUGCCUCUUUUCUGCCAUCUAUAUCAAGUUGUUUCCACAUUGGGCAGUCAUGCAACUAAUUCUCUCUUAUGAAGGGUUUGAACACUCCCCAACAUGUUGUUUUAAGUAUACUGGUCAAGGACAGUUUAACUGAUGUCUCUGCAUGCUAAAGUGAUACCUGCUGGGUAUGGGGUUGGAGGGGGCUAUCAUAAUUGUGGUUGGUUAAAGUUCCGAUACAUCAGGCCAGCUAUCACAAGGUGAACCUCAUUCAAAUACAGGCAAGCACCGAAUGUAAACUGUUCGGAAAUAUAUUGGCUGAAGAAAUUAGUUUAAAUAGUUUGAUGUGCACGUUCUGUUUUUUGUUCUGUUUUGAUUAUGGUCUUGGGACUCUCUUGUCAGGGAGGUUUCACAAACCUCAGGGAUAUGUCUGUUAUAUUGUCUGACCAUUCAUCUCAGCUCUGAGCAUUUAGUGAAGCCACAGGGAUGUCAAAGUACAGUAUCUAGCUGGUCUAUCCCAGAGUCGCCCACAGUUUGAAAGCUUUGGUUCACCUUUGAACCCUAAGGGAUCAUCUGUCAAACUAGUUGUGUUCAGUAGGGCACACUGUAGAAUACAGUAUGUUUUGCGAUGAAAUAUAGAUCUGUGUUCUUAUUAGAUAAGUUCUGGUAGUACCGCCUUGUUUUCCUGUUACAAAACAAUUUCCAACUAAUGAUAUGCCCCAGAGCUCUAGCCUUUCAGAUUAUGUCCACAGAAUGAGAAGUACCAUCUUGGAAUGUCUGCAUUGUCUGAGUCGACUGUAUGAACUAAACCUUUUUCAGUAAGACUGUUACUUUGACUUUCUGCUGGAAAAGUGACUGUCCCUAAAGCUGUGCAAUAACCCAUCAUGCCUGUAAUCAAACUGCAAACUGCCAUCCAAAACAUUUUAUUUUAUUAAAACAUUUUUCUUAUUUUA